AACAAAUUGUGGCACGUCAAUGGACCACGACAACGAACCAGUCGACGAUUGGCGCGAGUGGAUCGAGAGCAGGUGUAACCCAUUGAUGACGGAGGACUACUGGACAGAUUACAAGUUUAUAAAGGAUUUCGGAUGCACCACGGCAGAACUACUUGCUAGCGUAACCUCACUUACUAAGGAUACCGGACACGCCAAUGCUAAAGAACCAAGUAGGGUCGAAGUCAGGCCACAACAAUCAUCGCAACAAAGCACUCCGGUGACGGACAUUAAUAUUAAAUGUUAUUUCUGUCAACGCCCUACGCAAUCAGCUGGUCACCACGUAAUAAGCAUUUUAGCAUGUGGUCGCGUGUUCGGUUAUUCGUGCUUCAAAAAGACAGAGUGCGAUUUAUGCGGUCAAACUCAUGUCCACCUUGAACUCACCCGUCUCAACAUUACACCAGAGUAAAUUAUGGAUAUCUGAAGAAUUGGUGAAGAUGCUAGUCAAAUUUAAAAACACAGAAUCAUUUAAUGAUUCUGGCGUCGUUGUGUUUAAUUACCUAUCAAAUUAUGAUUAUCAUGGCAGGCUUCAGUUAUUAGGAGUACAAUGGUUUCAAGUUCAGUAGUUCCUCGACCAUGGACGGUUGUUCCUAGCGCUCUGUAAUAGAAUUUUUCAUCCUCGACCAUCAUGUUAUCAUGCUCUCGUCGACGUCAACUUAGUACUAUAAUA